CUUCAGCUCAAAGCAACGUCUUAUGAUUUAUAAUAUAUUACAGACAUAAAAAGGGAAUAGCCCAUUUUCUCAUCAUGUUAGCAUUUUUAUAAGCUAUGUAUACAUAUAAAAUAUUUUCAAUAUUUUCUUGUUUCAAUCGAUCUUGUCAAUUAUCGAUAAAUUGUGUAACGUGUUGGGUAGCAUGACUCCAUGAGUCUGAAAAUAAAUAGUGAUACACAUUUGAUUAAUGAUAUUAACAUAUUGUGUCAUAGUCGCAUAAUUUUCGUAAGAUCAAAGAUAUCUAACCGGCUUUUACAGUGGUUCAGUUAAAUCGAGUGCAUGAGAUCGCGUUGAAUUGAACCGGUGAUACGUGUAUUGUUUUGAGAUGAAGGCCGAAGAUGAAACGUGGAAAUCAUUGUUUCCAAUAUGUAUCAAUGCAAUAAUGUCUGUGAGUGCGUAUUAUUUGACUGUUUACUUAAUUCCGAGGAUAAAAUCCAUGUUCGUCAAAGCUAACCUCUACGGUAUCGACAUGAGCAAAAAGAGCAGUGACAAAGUACCAGAGGCUAUAGGUGUUGUUACUGGAUGUGUAUUUCUCAUAAUAAUGUUUCUAUUCAUUCCUGUACCAUUUACAGAUUAUAUAUUUAGAAAUGAAAAUUUUCCACAUGACAAGUUUGUUGAAUUUUUGGCUGCUUUACUAUCCAUAUGUUGCAUGCUACUAUUGGGUUUUGCUGAUGAUGUCCUGGAUCUUCGUUGGCGACACAAGUUAUUUUUACCCACUAUAGCAUCUUUACCAUUACUGAUGGUUUAUUAUGUUAACUUUAAUUCCACGAUGGUUAUUAUUCCAAAACCAUUGAGACCAUGGUUUGGUUUUUCACUAGAUUUAUGGAUAUUUUAUUACGUAUAUAUGGGAAUGCUGGCUGUAUUUUGUACAAAUGCUAUAAACAUACUGGCUGGCGUAAACGGUUUGGAGGUUGGACAGAGCUUAAUCAUUGCCACAAGCAUUCUCAUCUUCAACAUCUUAGAAUUAUCUGGCAGUCAAUGGAAGGCCCAUCAAUUUUCAAUGUACUUUAUGCUGCCAUACAUAGCCACCUCUCUUGCAUUAUUUAAAUUUAAUUGGUAUCCGUCGCAGGUUUUUGUAGGCGAUACAUUCUGCUACCUGUCCGGAAUGACUUUUGCCGUAGUCGGUAUUAUAGGACACUUCAGUAAAACGACCCUGCUGUUUUUUAUUCCGCAAAUAAUCAAUUUUCUAUACAGUGUGCCACAGCUUUUUCAUUUUAUACCAUGCCCUAGGCAUAGAUUACCAAAAUACAAUAAAGAAACGAAUAAAUUGGAGCCUAGUAUAACUGUAUUUUAUAAAUCAGAACUGAAUAGCAUAGGAAAACUAUUGAUGUGGAUACUAAAAACAUUUAGACUGGUGAAGUGGCAAGAAGACAGGAAAGGCACUGUAACUUGCAACAAUCUAACUUUGAUUAAUUUUAUACUGAUCAAUCUUGGUCCGUUGAGAGAACCAACGCUUACGUCAAUUUUGAUAAUAAUUCAGAUUAUUAGCAGCAUGAUGGCGUUUGUUAUUAGAUAUCCCCUGGCUUCCAUAUUUUAUGAUGUUUAAAUAAGCGUAAGAUUCAAUUUAUUCUUAAGUAUAAAAUGUGAUGUACAUAUUAAAAGGUAGUAAUUGUUUAUAUAAAAUUACUAUUC